AUGCUACGUGGAAGCCUGCUGGUCAGAUGUUCGAAACAGGCCAAACUGAAGUCCAUUUCCUUGUCAUUCAAAGGCAGAUCGGAGACGGACUGGCCCGAGGGAAUUCCUCCAAAGCGGGUUGAGUUUAAGGACACGACGCAUAUCAUGAACCACACUUGGUCCUUCUUCAACGCUCAAUUUCCACAAGCCGAGCACAGCUACGGCGCAGACAUAGUCCAGUUGCAAAAAGGACCAGCAUCUGAAGUGAAAGAAGUUGGCGUUACUGGUUCCUCCUUCGAUCUGUUCCAACGGAGCUCUUCACCAACCAAGCAGGUCAAUUCAUCAAGAGACGCUAAAAGGUUAUCUCUGCAGGCUAAUCACUCUCGAAGUUUUGGUAAAGGUGAGAGCAUGACCGGAGGACCAACCGUGGCACAGAGAGGUUUCAAAGUGUUUCACCCUGGUGACUACAUCUAUAAUUUUGAGCUACCGCUAGAUUCCAGGCUGCCGGAAUCCUGCCAGGUCGACUUAGGUUAUGUCAAGUACGAACUCGAGGCUCUGGUUGAACGAUCUGGCGCAUUUCGGGCAAACCUGCUUGGGUCAAAGGAGCUGAUUCUCAUCCGUGCGCCUGCUGAGAAUUCUCUCGAACAGACAGAACCUAUCGCUAUUUCGAGAAACUGGGAAGAUCAAUUGCACUACGAUAUUGUAAUAUCUGGCAAAUCCUUUCCCAUGGGCUCCCAAGUACCUAUAGCCUUCAAACUCACCCCAUUGGCGAAAGUGCAAUGUCAUCGCAUCAAGGUUUUCGUGACCGAGAAUAUCCAAUAUUUUACGAAUAACAAGAAGGUCCACCGGUUAGAGCCGACCCGGAAAAUCCAGCUCUUUGAGAAGCGAGCAGACAGUGAUAGUAUAAGCUCUUACCCCGGAAGUUCCAUGCGAGUUCUGGCUGGCGGCGGUGUGCCAUACGACUAUCGGCAAGCGGCUGCAUCUGGCGAUGAGAGAGUACCGCACGAUGCUAGGAAUCUGCUGGGCAACCUUGAGAAUGACUCUGGUAGUAUUGGGCCUACUGAAAUGGAAUUUAAUGUUCAGUUGCCCAGCUGCUACCAGAUGAAGGACAAGGUGAAGACCGAGCAUCUGCAUUUUGAUACAACAUACUCCAAUAUUCAAGUUAAUCACUGGAUCAAGAUCGUGAUGAGACUUUCGAGACCCGAUGAGAACGACCCUGAGAAGAGACGACACUUCGAGAUUUCGAUCGAUUCACCUUUCAAUAUCAUGUCAUGCAGGGCAACGCAAGCCAACACCUCUCUACCUGCAUACAGUCAGGGCGAGUCAGCUCUUGGGGCAACUGACGAAUGGGAAUGUGGAUGUCCGGGUGCAGCAUUGACACGACGUAGUACACCUCCUGUUCUUCAGACUGUGAAUGCGAACAGCGACAGACCAUCACCUGUGGGACCUGAACGAAGCUGGACAAGUGAUACCGCAGGCUUGACACCACCUACUCAAGCUCAUCUACAUAAUGCUGGCCAAAAUGAGGCAAGCUCACGACCAAUGCAUUUACUGCGAGCGCCCUCCUUCAACCCACCCGCCUUCGACGCCGACGAUCCACCUCCACCACUGGUGACGCCGCCACCACUAUACGAGAAUGCGGUGAAUGGCGAUACACGAAACGCUUUGGCGGACUACUUCUCCAGACUAGCUGACGAGAUGGGUGACGAAGACGACAGAGACGAUCGGUCUCGGGUUGAUAUCCCACUUACUCCUGGAGGACGAGUGAACCGUUCGAUGGACAUUCCGCGAAAUUGGAUACCUUUGGGAGGUACAAACCACUUGACUUUACCACGUGGUCAACGUACACCAACAGCUGUGUAA